UAUUGUCCCGCCUGACGGACGGACGGAGAGAUCUGUCGGUCGUCGGGCGGUUCUCUUUGAGCAGACUUCAUCAGUUGUGUAUCGCGACCACAACGAGACGAGAUACGACGCAUGCUCGAACUCUCUCUCUCUCUCUCUCGCGCGCGCUCUUCUACACUCCUAACUCUUGUCACUUGGCCCUCGGUAUUUCGAGUCAAAUCAUCCGGCCAAUCGGUAUUCAUUAUUUUGCGACAUUCUAACACGAGAGACGUCAUAUAAAUUGUGGAACGUGCAAGCCCUCUGUCAAAUAAACAACAAUCCCGGCGAUUCUUACGAAUCAACUGGCUAAAGUGACCCGUGCUGCGAGGCGAAAAAAUGCAAUUCCUGAGUGCGCGUGUGCGAUCGUCGUGAAUAAUUAAUUACAAAUCCUCGCAGUUUAAACUCACUGUGUCGCUAAAUUCUUCGGCGAUGCCUCGGGAAAAAAGUCGUGCAACCUUCGUUAUUAAUCAGAAUUGAAUUAUGAAUACUCGAUUAAUGGUGCACCGGGAAAGGGCUCUGGGCUAUAUUGCUUUUUACUUGCGAAGUAUCGACUGUCGCAUUCUGCCAAAACGUCGUAAAUUGACACUCGACUGCGUUAGUGCGUAUGCAAGCAUAUACUUCGUUGAAAGUGCUCAAGUGCCUGCUCCAGUUAUUCCUAUCGCGCCCACCCCAAGCGAUAACCCUUGGGGGAUGAAAGUGGAUACUUUUUUACGAAGCGAUGUUUUCAUCCACUUGUACAAAGUUGAGACAGAGUCGUGAGCAAUGAGGAAAAGGUUGACGCUGGAUUUCGUGGUGUUUAUCGUGUGCCUUCGUCAUCGAUGAAACCCCUCCGGAGUGGUUUGAAAGUUCAAGUGCGCUCUUCGUGGAGCCUCUCUAGCUUAGUUUCCUCCCAAUAAUCGUAUAGAUACUCAUAUCGAGGGAGGAUGAGGCUGGCACGAUACCAGAUACUUUACUCCUUGUCCUCCUCGACGACGAACUCUCAACGGAAAAGUGACAAUACCGGUAUUACGUGCAACGAUUGAGUUGGCAUUCGUUGAGUUUGGGAAAAAAGGGGCGCUCCGAGAUAGAGUGGCACGAGGGUGGUGCGGACGCGCGGCUGAUAUAUAGUUUUUGUGAGCUCGAGGAGCCACGCUUCUUUCGUCCAAGCUCUCGCCCGUGAGGUUCGCCACUCGAAAACCAUCGUGACGGAAUUAAUCCACCCUCAAACUGUGCCACAGCAACUCCGAUUAAUCGGCGGAACACGAUCGAAAGAGGAUCACUAAGGCGCAGCCGAAUUUAACCAGGGAGACUACGAGGCGCUCUCGAAAUACUUGUCAAGUAUUAGAUUAUCGUGAUUGAUCACGAUUUUUCAACGAUUUUCUUCCGAUUAUAUAUUCAGAGCACAAAAGCACCGUUACUAACGAUCUUUUCAUCGAUUUUUUAAUACAGAUUAAUCGAUUGAUAUUGUUUUCUCUCGCGUGUUUAUAUAUCGACGGUCAAACAAUGAAUCGUCAGUGUUGGAUAAAGUGACUCGAGUGCAGUGUUUAUCGCUAUCGUAAUUUCCGUGUAUCUUCUUUAUUACAUAUGCGCGGUGGAAAUUUCUUAGCGAUCGAGGAUUAAAGUGUGUCGAACGAAAGUGUUGCGGAGAGAAGAAAGGAAAUAAUUAUACAUUGGGGAAUAUCGAAUUGGCAUUGUUCUACGCAUCAUUUGCUUUAUCGUGAUUGGUGAUUCGUAAGAGGAUGUUUAUUUUAUUCUAAUAUUAUUCGCUCAUCGUAUUACACCGUUUAUCAAAGCAGGCCCCCGUGUUGUGUGUGAAUAAAGGACUACGUGUUUUCACGAAGAAACCGCCGUCGGUUUGGAUGUGAGGAUAUUGUGAAGCAGCUAAGAAGGCCAGCUCGACGCAAUGCGUCGACGCUGCUGACGCUGCAACGCGCCUGGAUGCGUCUCACUCUAAGCACGUUACCACAGCUUGCCGUCUUAGCGAAGAUUUUGUGCCUCCUGAUGGUGGUGAUGUGCGGGGCGAUGCCGGCAAUGGUGCGCUCCGUGAGUCUCUAUUCGACUUGCAGCAGCAACAAUGUUACCGUAAUCGGCCGCACGGUCAAAACCAUGACCAAAGCCGACCAAAUAGCACCUUACCAGUUGCUAACCACACAGUCGGAAGACUUUAGUGGGAAACUGUACAUCUACGCUGAAAAGACCCAACGAUACAUCUGUUUUAAUAAACGCUGGAAACCCGUCGCUUUGCUGAAGAAACAAAGGGACGCGAUGUGCCAGUUCUACGAGUCAUACAACGGGGCAUUUUUUAGGUACAGAAGCGCGGUCGAUAGCAGUUACAUGCUCGGUUUCAACAAGUUGGGCAAAGCGAUAAGAAACCGGCGAGGUCGUCCGGAGUGUUUCAAUUUUCUAAAAUACAAUCCAAACAUGGAGGAACGUUUGGAACGCCACAACGACCUGGUUUCGGGUAGGACAGGUGCAAAUAAAAAUGGUGGAAAAGGAAGCAGCAACGCGAACGGGGGUAAUGCUGGUCCUCGUCAUGGCGGCUCAACGUCGCGACGAGAAAUGUUGCAGCAUGCGAGAAAGCAUCUACAGCAGCCAGCCUCAACGUCGUCGCAUAAUCAACAACACAAAGCGAAGAAAAUUCUUUUCCAAGCGGAUGAAGUGCCGAGAGAAACGAUGACAAUGUCGAUGCCGCAUCGUCACAGACACUCGAAUCGUCUAAAGCAGCCACACGAAGACGUCACCAGCCCCCGGAGACGACAUCACCAGAGUCGUCUCCUCGAGGCUAGCAAGUAUUGAGCCAACGUUCGUAUACCCGCAUAUACAUAAUAUAUAGCAUAUAUAUAUAUAUAUAUAUAUAUAUAGAAACACAUAUAUAUGUAUACAUUAUACAUAAAAUACAGCUCGGCUCGAAGAUCAAGACUGCCUCUCACCUGUGACACUACGAGAUCUACUCGCGGCUAGUACUAUUUAAAUAAUAAAGAAGAAGAGAAGAAAACAAAAUCGAACAAUGAUGGGCGAUCGGAGACUUCGAAGGCUCCACAGGAACGAGGAUUCAGCGUGCUGGAACUUUAUCUUGAUUGUGUCAUUGAAAGCGCUAUAUAUUUAUAUGGUAUAUAAAUGUGACCAGCGAAAGAAAGAUCAAUUAAAAUUCUGCAUUGGUUGUUGCCUCGAAGCGAUCUCCCGGUUGAUCCGACACGAAGCUGUCAGGUGCGUGAGUCACGGAAAAUCCGUGCAGGAGUGCUGCAGGUCUUGUGUCUUGUGAUGCACAUGGCGCGUUCUGCGCUUAUCGACCAAUCACAAUGCUCCGUAGCUGUAUUUGCGCGUGCGCGGUGGAUCAACGUCGGAUCAAUGAACGGGAACGCACGUGUCGUUGUACGCCGAGAUCCAGCGUUGUCGUCGUCUUCGUCGAAAUGUCGCAAUUGCUGUCAGCGCCGCUGCAAUCGCGCUGCCGUUAUUCUUCCGACGUUUUCAAUCACUUCGGAAGUAAAGCGUCAAACCCUCGCUCGCUGCGUCGCAAACUCGCCUGCGCCAUGGGAAAAAUGACACAACGCCUACCGUAGUGUGUAAAACGCAUGAGUGUUUUGUUUUGUUUUCUUUUUUUGGAGUUUUUUUCUUCUCGUCGUGUUGUACAUUUCGACGUCAUUGCGUGCGUCUACGGUUCAUGGAUGAGUGCACGCGUGCAUUGACACUUGUUACGCUUGAUUAUAAAACGACGGUCAAGGCGUGACAGCGUCCCGUGUUGUGUCCCUCCGUCAGCGCGUUUUCGUAUCCCCUUCGACCCGGUUACAAGCGUAAGAGCUUUUUUUUUACUUGUACAGUUGCGUAAUUGGGUUCGAGCGAAGAAUGAAAAAAAAAGAAAUAGAAAAAGAGGGAUUCCCUGCUUUAUCAGUCCCCACGAGAAUCACGGACUUUUGUGGAACGUUUAACAAUUGAUUCCUUGUAUUUAUUCAACCUUUUUUUCUUACAAAUCGUAAGAAAUAUUUAUCUUUGUUCCAAGUAACACUCGUCACGGUAGAUUCGUCUCAGCAACGUGAGUUUUUGGGACAUGUUUCACAGCAGUCCAUUUACAAUUGUAUCGAAGGGCAUUAUCCAGGACUUCCUCAAUGAGUAAUUCAGAAAUUUUGGACUCUCGUGUUUUUUCUUUUUAAUUCACAAUGAGAAACAGGAAAUCAUCGUUGUAACAGAGUCAAAGAUGAGUCUUGAUAGAAUGCUCCGAACAGCUGUUCGUCAUAGGCCGAAGUAAUCGACCGUUUACGAUGUAAAUUUCGAGAGGUUCUUUACCAUUCCGAGAUCUUAACCCAGUUUUCAUUCCACUUUUGGAUCCAGUGUCAUAAUGAACAAACUUCACAUCCGUCGAUGUAUAAAAAUGUACGGAGCGAGAACACAAUUCGAAAUAAAUUGUUAGUGUGUUUGUUUUUUUCGUUUUUCAACGUUUCCAUCAGUUUUGGGACACGAGCCGCCAGUCACUUCGUCGUAGCGAUACAGGUGUAUGAAUGCACGCGAGUUAUUCAUACGCGAAAGUUAAUGCUCGUGCAUCCUCCCGAGUAAACUAUGAUCUAACGUCUAGAGAGAGGAAGGGAGGGAGAGAGAUGACAUGGGAAUGCAAAUGUAAGUGUGUGUGUGUGUGUGUCGUCGCGUGUGUGAUUGACCGAUUGUGAGAAUGUGUUUGUUUGUUUGUUUGUUCAUUUGUUUGCUUGUUGAUGAAGGCGUGCGAGUGCGUGUAAUAUACUACUUCAUACCGUUAAUAAAUUUAAUCCUUAGGACGCUACUGCAGACUGUAUUACUAGGUUAGGUACACGAUAGUUAUAACGCGGUGACGACUCCGCGAAGAGAUUCUUAUCAACGACGUCAGGAAUUUUGGUCACUUUCGAUUCUCAUAUUGGUGAAAAUUAAUAAUAAUAAUCAUAAUAAUAAAUAAUAUUAACGAUAAUGGUAAUGAUAAUGUUAAUGAUAAUAAUAAUUAAAAAAAAAAAAAAAAGAAAUAAUAAUAAUUGAAAGGAAAAAAGAAAACCAUUAGGAAUGAUUUUCGUGAGGUUGAAACAAAGCCAAAGUGCCUCACGUCGUUAUUCAACAUUCGUGCGCGCAGAGUCGUUGCUCAAGGAGCGUCUGUCCCUUCCCGAAAGAAAGAAAAUCCACGAAAGACAUGAAAAUUAUAAUCGCUCCCUAGGUAGCUUAUUUAUUGAAAUCACGAUUAGGUACUAAUACGAAACCGACCCGAACCGAACCUUCCUUUCUUCGGUGCGUAUUUUAGAGAGAGAAAAAAAAACGAAAAAAUAAAAAACAAAAUAAAACGAAACGAAUGAACAGGAAUAACAAAAACUUUGAACAAAAAUGUAUGUUGCUCUCUUUGCCCUGGUUGCUGCUGCUGCUGCUGCUGCUGCUGCUGCCGCUGCUGCUGCCGCUGUAUACAACAUUGGGAUCUUCCCUCAAUGCAUUUCACUUUUUUUAAUCCAAAGACUCUUCCCCCCCCCCCCCCCUCCGCCCUUCUCCUACUUCUCCCCUUCAUCAAUUACACAUAUUGCAAUCGUAAAACGUCUGCGGGUCAGGUAAAGGUCACUUCACGUUAUUAUUAUCUGUAUUCCUGAACUCUCGAUUAUCCCAUAUUCUCACCUCUUUCAACGCUCGUACGACGAAAUCUGAUAAUACUCAAUACCUCAUUAGUUAAAUGUUACUUAUUCGCAAUUGAUUUUUAAAAUGCAUUUUGUUACGUGUCAUCGGAGAUUUGCGAGCGCGUGCGAUUUUUAGUUCUUAACGCAAGAAAACGUGAAAUUUAGAACUAAUUGCGAGAGAAAUUAGCGAAUUAUCUGAGUUAAAAGUAUUGGCAUUCUCCUUUCGACGUCAGAAGAUAAACGCUGAAUCUGCAUUCUCGCCUUCCCUCGUUCCCAUAUUUUGUAAUAAUUUUUCACAUUAAUGUUCUAUCAAAUUUCCAAUAAAAAAAAAAUUCAGUUGUCAUUGGUUAUGUUUUUUUUUUUUUUCUAAAUUUCGACGAACACGACACAAAACGAGGGUUAGGUGAGUGAAAAAGAUUCUUUUCUCCAAUCUGAGAUACACCGUUCACGAAACGAUCAAUCCGUAUACUCGAGAUGAGCGUGACACACGACCAAAAUCAACGAGAAUUUAAAACUAAAAGAAUAAAGCAGCCGACCAUAUUUAUACGAGCAAAAAAAAAACGAGACACCGACGCCUGAAGAAUUACAUAACAUACGAGAGUAAAAAACAUAUUUGACAAGUGAAAAAUCCGACACCUAUAAUUUAAUAACGAGACAACUAAUAUAACGUGUAAUGUAUUGUAUUGUAAUAUGGUAUUGUAAUGCCCGUUUAAAAAUUAACCUAUUCGUUUUUGUAUGUGUAAGCAUAAUCUCACGAAGCGUCGACAAUUGAAAAAAAAAAAACAAAAAACAAAAAACAAAUAAAAGAAUAAAAAAAAAAUGCUGCGAUUGGCGGCAUUGCUCCAUGAAAAAAAGAAAAAAAAGCGCAGAAUUCCCAAUAUUUCCGACCUAAUCUCACCCUCGUAUCAGUAUAAUUAUUCGUAGACGGCCCUCGGGUCGCAGCGGACGUCACACGGUACAUCAUUUGAACUCAAGUCAAAACAGACCCACAGUCGAGUCGUUUGAUCGGAAACGACGAUUAUUUAUUCAUACAAAAAUAUAAUAAAUAAACGAAUGUCACCUUAUUUAGGCCUUUCGAAGUGCGCUAACAACGAGUGAAACGCGACGAUUAAAUUUAAGAAUGAAAAAAUUCAAUACUCGAGAGCUUCAAAGAGAGAAAAAAUAUCGCUGCUGAAUCGAUUCGCUGACUUCGCGGCUCCCUCCGGAACUCAAUUAACGUUCAUCCGAUCGCUCAUCCAGUCUAUAAUAGACAUAAUUCAGUUACCAGUCAAUCUCGGCAACGGAGUAGACAGACACCAGAUAUAGCACAUUGAUAGCACGACAUAUAUAUUACAACGUAAUGCAUAAUCCAACUCCGAGCCGCCCGGCGAACUACGAUGACGACUAGCGACUCGACUGUGAGGGUAGCUACCCUCUUGCCUUCGUUUUUUCCCUUUUUAUACCGAGAAGAAAAAAAUUACAAAACAAUAAACAUCUAUUCUUUUCUUUCGAAGUUCUCUCGCCAUGGACGAAAUCAGCGACAGGAGCAAGCGAACGAAACAAAAGAAGAAUCUGACUACCUUAGAUAGAUAGUAUACAUAAUGAAUAAUUAAAUAAAUAAAGCAACAACAACAACAACAACAACAACAACAACAAAAUCUAAAUUAUAAAUAUUAUAUAUAAAACAAAUAUAUGAAAGAUGUGUAUUGUAAGAUAUUUAAUACCGUAUGUUAGGCACACUCGAUUGAUAAUUAUAUAUUAAUGAUGAUUAUUAUGAAAGAUAAUUAUGAUGAUGAUGAAUGACGAUAAUAAUAAUAUUAUUAAUUAACUAAUACUACUAAUAAUAAUAACGUUAAUAAUAAUAAUAAUAAUAAUAUUGACAAUGGUGGAGUCGCGAUCGCCGGUGUAUUUUUAUCAAUAUAAAUAAAAAGAUGAAGAAACAUAGGAAAUUAAAUGAGAUGGAGAAUUAAAGGUGCAACGACGAUCGCGGCGUCUGAUAACCUACAUACACACACACACACACAUACACACACAUACACAUAUACACGCACGCACACACACACACACACACACACAUACACUAUUCGCGUUGUAACAUAGAGGCCAUACUCCCGUUACCCACUAAAUCGAUGUGUUGAUGUAAACGGGCGUGCUACGAUCGUAAAACUUGGCAGCAAAUUAAAAAAUGAUUUUGAACGUUGAGCGUGACAAAUCAAUAGGAAGUUGUAUCUUCUCGUUCUUUUUGUUAUUUAUACUUUCAUUUUUCUAUCUUCUUAUUGAACGAAAGAGUUUCUGUCUCAUGUUUUUUUUCCUCAAUCAUUAUUAUUCUCCGAAUUUCCGAACGCUGUAUGAGUUCUGGCCAAGCGACUUGAUUCAAUUCUCUUACGUACGAGAGAGAUCAUUUACAGAAAGGACCUAAAUAUUAUUACGAACAUCAUUAUCACACUCGCCACGUAAACUCCUUCGAAAUUGAACGAAAACUCUUCCGCCCUGCAUCAAGUGUCUCAGGUACACCUGCGAGCACAGCACGCCCGGCAGCAGCUAGCAAUAAAUGGAAAAAAAAUAAAAUAAAAUACAAAAAAAAAAAAUACAAAAAAAAAAUAAGUAACAACAAAACAUUCCAACGUAAAAUAAAAAUCACAUUCAUACUACGAGUUAUGUAACUGUGUGCCGCCGUACAAGAGAAAAGAACACUGUCGAAUACAUGCUCAUAAACUGCUAAAAA